ACGAGUUGGUCACGAGUGCAUGGAAUUCGGGGGCAGCUAUGCCCGCCCGGGCAGUUGUGUAGAUUAGAUACCAAGUUUGAUCGUAAUCUGACGUUGUUGUUGGCUUGAGGGUGAACAGCGGAGACACAGACAGCAUGGCAGCGUUAGUCAAUCCUGUACCUAAACCACGCAGACAGCCACCAUUACCAGGCCAAAACGUCUUGAGACUUGUACUUUUGGGCAAAACAGGAUCGGGAAAAAGUGCAACAGCAAACACAAUUUUGAAUGAAAAUGUUUUCAAGUCGAGUUCAUCGUUCCAGUCUGUGACAGAAGUAAGCCAAUAUGCCAACCGGGAGACCCUCGGCCUCGUCAUCCAAGUUGUUGACACACCAGGGAUGUUUGACACCAACAUGGAAAGAGACGUCGUUGAUAAGGAAAUAAAGAAAUGUAUUGCCAUCUCCGCUCCCGGGCCACACGCAUUCUUAUUAGUGAUUUCCUUAACGCAGCGAUUCACAGAAGAAGAUAAAAAAGUCUUCGAUGAAAUUGAUGAUAUAUUUGGAGAUCAAAUGCACAAACAUUUGAUAAUCGUCUUCACGAGAAAAGAUGACCUUGGCGAGGGAGAAUCUGUCAAGGAGUAUCUUGAAACUGCUCCCGAUACACUGAAGCACAUACUGCGGAGUGUUGGUGGCGGCUAUGUGUCCUUCAAUAACAAAGGUACAGAAGAGGCUCGGGAAAAGGAUGUUACUUUCCUCCUUCAGCGUAUUCAGAAAAUGGUUCAGAAGAACGGGGAACGCUUCUUUUCCUCCUCUAUGUUUUGGCAAGCUGAAGAAAUUAUUCAAUGUCGGAUUCAAAGCUCAGUUGCUGUGAUGAAAACGAAGGAAGAAGAGAUGAGGAAGGAAAUUAGGAUAAAACUGAGAGAAGAAAUGGAAAACAAGAUCAGAGAAGAAAGGGAGUCUUAUAGGGAUCAACUAAAAGAAAACUUGAAACGGAUAGAACAUCUGAAGCUAGAGAAGGAAGAUCUGAAGCGGGGGCCGAAGGACAUACACGAUAACCCGGCCGACCAUCAUGUAUCCAGGAGAGACGAGAAAGUGUUGGAAGCGUUGGUGCAGAGGGAAAUGGAGAUCAAGUCAAAGAAGAACAAAAUGGCUUCACAGUUACCGAACAGCUAUGGUCGGGAGAGGGAUUCACUUCUUCAGCAAAUCAAAGAUGCUGAGGAAGAACUCGCACAUGUAUUCACUGAAAGAAAAAAGGCUGAAGAAACAGUUGCGGAGGACCGGUAUUUAACCCAGCUAGAGCUGAGAGCGCAGAAUGUUAGAGAGGAGGAAAGAGAGAGUCUCCUGAAGGAAGAUGUUUCCACACUUAGUAGAUAUAGAAAGGGAAUCAAAUUUGCUGGAACCCGAUUUUUAAACUUAUUCCGGCGAAAAUAGCCUAGAUACCAAUGAAAACAUUAUGAAAACGUUAAAUUUACUUCUUGUCAUUCUUAUCCAAUGCUUUAACUUUGAGGUAAUAAAUUGGAAGAUGUUUUUUUAGGAAAA